CGUUGUGGUAGUUCAGCCUUAAGAGUUUUCGUUCAUUCAGGAGUUUAAUAUUCCGUGUUUCACACCCAGAUUGUUAGCUGCUGAGCUCCCAAGUAAUAAAGUUAUGUCACGUGAAGAUACCCAUAUGCUUGAUGUCCACUGGAUGGCGGCUGAAUGGGUCAGUUAUCAAAAGAAGUUCCAGGGAAAAACAAUAGCAUAUAUUGACGUAAGCUAUCUCGAGUUUGAAGACAGGAAAACUACAGUUGUUGGUGAUUCUAGAACCUCAAGUGAACUACAAGGGAAAGAAAUACAAGUUGGGGUAGUAUACGCACCACAUCAUAAAGACAGGAGAACCAAGUUAAAUGUGGUAUUAAGCCCUCAGAAAACAACUGAGAUCACUGUGUUCAGGGGCGGAGUCCGAGGCUUAGACGAGUGUAUACAGCUUCACUUUGAUGAAUACACAGACUAUUCACUGAAUUGUUGGGAGGAUUUCUAUGAAAAAAGAGAGCAGCUUCGACAAAUCCGUGUAAGAGAUGUUGAGAUUCCGGACAGGAUGUUCAACAAAAAUCAUGCCCAUGCCAUAGUGACACCUAUUCAGCAACACAGUAGCAAAACGUUCGUCAAGAAACUCAAAUUGAAAGGUAAGGUCGAGAUCAGGUUUACAGAUAUGAAACAAGUUUCUGUAAAUAUCGGAGACAUUGUGUCUGAUCUAAAAAACUUGUACAGGAGAAACCAACCUUCAGACCUGUCCAUGGUCUCCGUCUCCAGGUCUAAAUCUGUCAAAUGGGAAAUGGAACUCAAAGUGGAACAAAAAUGGGAAGUCGACGCCAGAGUAACCUUUCCUAACCUUAAAAAAUAGCUUGAGAAUAUUUACUUGUUUAAGAUCGCAAUUUUUCUGUUUGCAUUUUUAAAAGAAUAGGUUACUCGAUAAGUAGUGUAAUUGAAAACUAAGACCAUUCUUCUAAAUUUAAGAACUACUCAAAUUACGAAGAUUAUGUCUAUUUUUAAAUGUGUGUGUCUUUAAAGCUGUUUAACUAUAAAGAUUUAGAUUUAUUAUUGAAGCACAUUUAUUUAUGUAUAUAGCUACAGUAAGUUUAUACUGAAAUUAUUUUAUUUUAUUGUGUAUGACCAACACACAUCUGAUUCACGUAAGUAACUUAACUGUUCUUAACUGAAGUCAAAAGGGACAUAGACGUAUGAAACCAAAUUUAAUAUAAAAUAUAAUUUGAUAUUAAAGGUUGAUACCCUACAUUACACACUGUUACAGUACACACUGUGUCCACUACUAACUACAAAAAACACAUUUACAACGAAGUGCAAUACAUAUUGCACAUUAUACUAGCACACUGCAAAAGAAACAAGGAAUUUCUUUUACCAUUCCUUGUCUGCUAAAUCUGUAUUGUUCGCGCUUAAAAAGUUGCAUUUUAUUAAAGCAAAGUCUGCCACAUAUUACGUCGUGAUAUUGUAUUGAUAUUAAUUAACUACAACUUUUUAUAAAAUAUACUUUAAAUGCUAUUUUGCUGUGUAUUAAUUUUAUUGAGUUUUUUAUCAUUGGGUAUUUGAAUGUUUUACACUGUGCAAGUUUGUUGAGUUUUGACUUGAUUACUCCAUUUGUUCGAUGUUUAGAAUUGAAAACUACUGCCAUUUUUAUUUAACUAUAUUUUUGCUUCAAUAAUUAUGUAUAAUGAACAAACAAUAAAAUUAACAACAGUCAUGAAUUGAAUGAGCAUGGAUAUUAAGUUGUGAUCAUGUCAAAACAUCAAAUGCUGUUUUUUUUUUAAUUUGGUGAUAUAUUCUUCUCAUUCCAAAUGUUAUUCAAUCAAAAACAAUAAACA